AUGUCACCGGGCCGCACUUAUGAGACCCUCCCUCCACCCGCCCGUACUGCCAACACGGCUUCUCGGAACAUUGUUCUCGACGAUCUCGGAGGGGAGGCCACAGCACGCGCCCUGGGCACCCAGGAGAUCUCCCACGGCCGCGGCGGGCUGCUAGGCCUCGUUAGGGCAUUUCGCCUGCUGGCUUCGUCCGUGCUGGUGGCCCUUGCAGGAUUCCCAGGCUUGCCAGGCCCGCGAAAGGCAACCCUUACAGCAGCCGAAAAUCCAAUUGGACUAGCUCCGCCCCAGACGCUGCCCGACCAUCUUCAGGAUCCACUCAAGUUCUCGCCUCGCUCUGUGACGACCCUCGACGAGGAAGACGAGGAGCGCGGAGACUCCGUCAUUGACUGGGAGCGCACCGUCAGACCUGCCGCCUUUCCGCUCGAUCUGCCCGCCAGUGUUGCUCGCUCUGUUGCCCAUUCGCGGGAAUCGUCACUCGAGAAGCUCGCUGGCCCUCCGCCUUCCUUGUCGUCGCCACGACUACCGCACUCGCACACCGCACACCGCGCCGGCGACCCCAAGGGUGGCACGUAUGGCCACCACCGCCAGACCUCCAUCGUACACGGCAUACAACACUCUCGAAAUGGAAGCCUCGCCAGCUCGUCUUCCAGUCCCCUCAGUCCGCAGAUAAUCGCUGCAGCCGGUGCUAGCCUCUCCGCCACCGACCGCCCAGACAUGUAUGCAGUGGCACGGCAAGAGCCAGACGGUCCUGCGUCCGCCAUAGGACCGGGACCUGCGUCUGCUUCUUCUCGUCCACCCACAGCCCUGUCUGGCACUACACAAGGCUCCGGCAGGGCAUCCCCUGCCGCCGCCAAUACCACCGAAACCUCCACUCAGAGGAAGCUUGAACGCAUGCACAGCAAGACCAGACGCGAUGGCGCUCACCACCAUACCCACUCAUCGAGGCACAACAAGGAGGACCAGCAAAAGACUGUGGGCGAGUAUGCAUUGCAUGUGCUCUUCACACAGUUCAUUGCGCAAGCUGAGGAGAAGCUAAACGAUUGCAUAACGGUGCCAUUCGACCCCGAGCCACAGGUCGAACUCGUAUGUGGGCCUGGGGUCGACACGACGUUCGACCAGAUCAUCGCCGCCCUCGGACACAUCGCGCGGCCUCGACCCAAGCCCCUCAUCGAUUCGAUCAUGCUGUGGAGGAAGAGCAAAAGCGACGCCGCCAAUGAUGCCCGAGGCCAGUUGCAGCAAUCCAAGACGCCAACAUCCCUGCAGCGCCGGAAUACGGAACCGCUGCAGCCACUGUCUGCCGGGACUGGACCGUCCACCGAGAACCCGCUGACAAGUCCAGGGGCUUCUAUGGCUGCCAAACAAGAAUUCGUCGCCCACGCCGAACGUCGCUCGACAGUGUCCAUAUAUAUCCUUUGCCGAGUGCUGCUGCAGGUGAUCAGCCAGACGAGCCUGCCGUUGUUGACUCUCGAAAUGGAAGAAAAGCUCGAGGGCAUCAUUUUUGGCCAGUUGAAGAUCGCUGAUACCGACCAACUCGUCAUGAGCCCGCUGAAACUGGCUAAUUGGAAUCUCUUUUCUCAGCUGCUCGGUGGCAUGAGCGAUAUCAACUUUAAGGGUGUCACGGAGCGGUUCCUUGGCGAUAUAGACCGCUCUUUGCAGGAUCUCGCUGCCAAGAGUGCCAUGACGCAGGCUGGUCGCGAUGCCGAGGGCAAGAUUGAAUUGGUCCUGGGUGGCAUGAAGCAUCUCAAGAUCAAGAUCGCUCCAACCGAGGCGUGGGAAAACUCAUGCGACUUUUUGAUCAAGCUCGGAAGGCUUUUCAACCGGUCUCACGGACAGAAGGUCAAGACUGCUUUCUGUCAGGUUCUCGAAGUCCUCUUGCUGCCCAUCGCAGCCAAGGCUACCUCUAAUGAGCUCUCCCAUCCGAAGUGGGCAGAAGUCCUAGCAGCUAUCGGUCCACGCCCGGCUCAGAUGUCCCUGAAGCCCCGGCACUGGAAUUUCGCCUUUCCCCUCACGGCAACCAUGCUUUGCGUCUCGACUCCUGAAACCUUUGCCGCACAGUGGAUGCAGUUGAUUCUCCCUUUACAGACCAAAAUCAAGGACCGACUCGCUCGACCUUUGUGUUUGCAAGUCGUCUCAAGGCUGGCGUGGACUUACUUGUAUCGAAUUAACGAUACAUCGGCCAACGCCUCUCGCAAGCUCGAUGAGUUGAUGAGGCUCGUUCUCCCAGCCACCAGGCGCAGUCUCGUCGCCUCUGAUGCCUCGGUCAUCGACCCGUUACUACAAAUCAUUCGCAUCAUCGGUUUCAGAUAUCCCGAGUACUGCUUCAAAAACAUAAUUUUCCCGCUUGUCAAUGCCGAUCUAUUCCUAUCGGGCCGGGAGGCCAAGGUCGAGCAACUGGACCCCGAUCGCAUAGUCAUUGGCAUCCGGGCUUUCAUGGUCAUCAUGUCAGACCUCGAGAAGGGGUCGCAGGGUCGCCCUCCUUUCCCAGUGUCAUAUGUGCCGACACCAGCGCCCGAACGAAUGCCACUUUCGCCAUCAAUUCCGUCACCGCAACAAGGCCCAUCAGCUACAGCUACAGUCCCCCCCAUCGAAAGCGAGGAGCUCCUACGGCCUGUGGAUGCCAGCGUGCUAAGUGAUCCAGCUCGGGAGUAUUAUUAUAGGUUCUCUGAGGUGCUGGGCAAGAUAACGAUACACUGCGAUAACACUUUCGGCGGACAAGCGACCUUGGAUGAGAAAUUUAGCAGCCCAGGCCCCAAAACCCCUAUAGCCGACACAUUUACAUUCUCGAGACGGGACGAUCACCAAACAGUGUCCGACUCGAAGCAACCCUUCUACGAGCUCUUACACGUUGCCGUUCAAGCACUCCCGCGUUGUCUUUCCACCGACAUACCCUUCAACUCACUGAUCAACCUCCUCUGCACUGGCACUGCCCAUGUUCAGUACAAUAUUGCCCAGUCCUCAGAACGGUCACUCAAGGCCAUUGCUCGACAGUUGCACGCGCAGCAAGUUAUCAUGGGGUUUGCACGCUUCAUCUUCAACUUCGACGAUCGGUACUCCACAAUGUCUGAUGGCGGCAUGCUUGGCCCUGGCCACAUUGAGAGUACGCUUCGCCUGUACAUCGAACUGCUGCAAAUCUGGAUCGAGGAGAUAAGGCAAAAGGCGCGGGACGCAUCCGUCGAACAGCCUGACGCGAGUGACACGCGUGGUGCCAAACUUGACAUAUCCAGUACCUGGGCCGAGGUCGAUCAGGCCGAGGCCCAUGGGCUCUUCUUCCUCUGCUCCCAGUCUCGCAGGGUGCGGUAUUUCGCGAUCACAGUGCUGCGUCUGAUCAACGACUUCGAUGCAGCGCUUGGCAAGAGUAAAAGUGCGGAAGAUGGAGACUUGAGAGUGAUCGACAUUUUGGAGAACGACUCGAUGCAAGUAAUGAACUUCAAGGACGAACACCUUUCCGUCGCGGAACGGAGCAGGCUGCAGAGGGGGAUCCAGAACAGUAAUAGUCGGGGCGCCCUGGUCGAACUUUGCACAAGCGAUGUGUCGUACGACACGACGCUCUGGUUCAAACUCUUCCCCAACCUCAUCCGCAUCGCCUAUGAGAAGUGCCCUUUCACGGUCACCAUCGGCCGUGACCUAAUAUGCAACCGGAUACUGCAGAUGUACAAGGGUAUCACGGUGCUGUCCGAGCCCUCCAGGGGCCUGUACUACGGAAAUGACACAGGAAGCGGCCGGCUCACAAGCCGGACGCCGACCACGCAGCCCGAGUUCAUGGUUGAACAGUGGAAGCUGUACCUCAUCUUCGCCUGUACCACGCUGGCCGACACGGGUAGCCAAAUGACAAGCCCUGCGCAGGCUGCACAGCAUAAUCGGAAGACAUCCAAACCAAACGCGGCUGACAAGAUCGUUUCAGCCCGGCUGCUGUUCAAGUACCUCAUACCACUUCUGUCGGCGUCGUCCGCCUCUGUCCGCGAUGCUGUGGUGCUCGCCAUGGGGUCCAUCAACAAGCACAUUUACAGGCCACUUCUUGAAGAACUUGCUGGGCAGGCAUCUCGGUGCAACGACGAGGCACGCGCUCGGAUCCACCAGCGCACCAACAGCAGCCCUCGACGGAAUAGAAAGAUGGACCUCUUGCGGACCGAGAUUACGCAUAUCUACAAACUCACCUCACAUUUCCUGAAAGAGCCUGAUGUCUGCCAAGACGAAUGGGUUUUGAACAAUCUAGUCAACUAUACCAGAGAUCUGAAGCUAUUUCUUAUGGACGGCGAAGUCCAGAUGGACUGGGAAUUUCAAAAGCUACGUCGCCAUUACUGUGGACUCAUGGAGGAGCUUUUUGAUGGCAUCAAUCGGACGUCAGACCCCUCCAGAUGGAUGACGUUUGAGUCAAGAAAAUCUGCGUUUUCACUCAUGGAAGACUGGUGCGGCUUCUCACCGAACCAAAACCAGAUCCGGGCCAGGGAAGACACUAUGAGACAGUCUCUGAUCGAUCAGCAAUCACAUGGCGAGCGAGGCACCGUGACCGCGGCCAUGGAAAUCGAAAAGCGCAAUCUCCGCACGGCAGCACUCAGCGCCAUGGCUGCCCUGUGCGGCGGGCCCAUGAGUAUCACGACGGAGAGUGGUGCGACACUGCAAUUCGAUCUGCGUCGGAUGCUUGCUUGGAUUGAGGCCAUUUUCAACUCUGGCAGUGACCGCAUGAACGUCAUCGGCCGGCGGGCGUUGCAAAACCUGAUCACGCACAACCAGGAGUACCCUUACCUCCUCGAACAGGGUUGCAUUGCUCGGUGUUACUUGUCGGAUGUGCCGAAAGUUCUCGAGAGCUACUUUGCUGUGGUUACGCAAGUACUCUUGGAGUACCCUGACUACCCUUCCCCCUUCUGGAAACUGCUCAGCCUCUGUCUCUUCACUCUUGGUAACGAUGAGAGCGAGAUCCGGUCCAAGUCCGCCCGCGUCCUCCGAGCCUUGGAGGAGCGGCAGCAGCCCGCUCGAAGUUCCAAGAUACAGGAUUAUGACAUUAGUAUUUCGGACAAGACGAAGGCGGUGUAUAAGAACGCCCAGUUUGAAAUAUCAAAGCGCCUGUCGAAGCAGCACACUGAACUGGCCUUCCACAUCUUCUCAGAAUUUACCCUCUACUUCAAGGACCUACAGCCUGCCUCACAGCGCAACGUUGUAGCAGUCCUUCUGCCCUGGAUUCAGUCGAUAGAGUUGAAGGUGGAUCCCAAUGGCGGUCCUAUCGCCGAGUCAUACGUUCUCUUGGCCAACUUGCUCGAAAUCACGAUCAAAUCGAGCGGUGCGUUGCACAACGAGGUGCAGGCGCUUUGGCAAGCACUCGCCACGGGCCCAUACCCUGGCAACGUCAGAUUGAUCCUUGAUUUCAUCAUCUCUAUAUGCCUCGAACGGCGAGAGCAGAACUUUGUCGAGUACGCCAAGCAAAUUGUUGUUUUCUUGGCGAGUACGACGAGUACUCCCGGCAUCAAGGUCGUUGAGUUCCUUCUCAUGCAAAUCACCCCCAAGGCCAUGGUGCCCAACGAAAAGAAGGAACUGUCCAUGAUACUGUUGGUCGACCUCAUGGUCUCACCGAUACAGCUGACACCAGAGAACGUGCCGGUCCUCCUACAAGUCGUCACCGUUCUAUGGGACCAUUACACGCCACUGGUCCAGGAACAGGCUCGAGAAAUGCUUAUCCAUUUGAUCCACGAACUGGUCAUCUCCCAACUCGACGAGCAAACGCCAGCCAGCGCCAAAGCGUCCAUUGAGAACAUGAUCGAUCUCAUCCGUCAGCACGAUCGCACCGUCGUCUGGGGUUACGAGGACAGCAACGGAAAAGCUGAAACCCACGACAACAAAGUCCCGGCAAGUAUGGAGUACUUGACAACCGAAGUUGUCAAGACGUUUGAGAUGACAUACCCUGGCAUCAAGGAGCAAUGGGGCCGGCUGUCGCUGACCUGGGCUACCUCGUGCCCCGUGCGACAUCUCGCCUGUCGAUCCUUCCAAAUCUUCCGCUGUGUUCUCACGUCCUUGGACCAAUUCAUGUUGGGUGACAUGCUUGCUCGCUUGUCUAACACCAUCGCAGACGAAGAUUCCGAGAUCCAAACCUUUUCCAUGGAAAUUUUGACGACUCUCAAAACACUCAUUAUCAAGCUCGAUGCUGAAAAGCUUCUGACGUUCCCACAACUGUUUUGGACGACAUGCGCUUGUCUCGAAUCAAUCAAUGAGCGCGAAUUUCUGGAGGCAGUUGAAAUGUUGGACGAGUUCCUGGCCAAGAUUGACUUCCAGUCACCCAAUGUUCGAAGAAUGCUGUCCGACGGCCAGCCCUCGCGAUGGGAUGGCGCCUUUGAGGGCUUGCAGGCUCUUCUUUACAAGGGCCUCAGAUCUUCGGUUUGCAUGGACACGACCUUCAAUAUCAUGACCAAGUUGGUCCAGCUGCCGAGCGACAACCUAGUCGGUGACGAUAGUCGGCUAUUCUACGUCAUCCUGGCCUACUUUCCGAUGCUGCUGCACGAGAUGGAGCAGGAGACACCAAGCGAACAAUGUCUCCAAGCGGCCGAGGUUCUCUGCACCGUGGCGGAGGAUCAGGGGUACGGCAACAUCGCGGAGGUCCUCGAGGAGUACAUCGCCUUCAAGCACCAUAUUGACACGCGGGAAUUCCAGGUCCAAUUGUUCAGUGCGCUGAGGGAUCACUUCCUGCCCAAGUUGGAGUUCAACAUGGUCGUCUUCUUGAUGGGGCUGCUCACCAACUCCAUCUCAUGGGUCAAGAUCAAGACGAUGAGCAUUUUAAGCACUGUCAUCCCUGAGAUUGACAUGAGGAGACCCGACUUGGCCGGUCACGGUUCUGAUUUGAUCUCUCCACUGCUGCGCCUGCUUCAAACUGAGUACUGCAUGGAGGCGCUGGAGGUGCUGGACAAUAUCAUGACCAUGUCGGGCAGCGCGAUGGACAAUCAGCAUCUCCGGAUGAGCAUGACGCGGUCGACGUCCAAGACGGUUCGCAAAGAGUAUGGGCGGAUGCAGAGCUUAUUCGGCAUACCCGAAGUAUCUGGCUGGGCGAUCCCCGUCCCCGCGAAGAAGACGGAUUCGACGCGGGCCAAUAUCCACGCUGCCUUUUACAUGUGUCAAAACGCCGAAGGCAUGCUGGCCGACGCGACGCCCACGCCCGACGUCGAGUUCCAUGCCGAGGACUUCCCGUACGGCUACUUCCACCUGCCGGACCGGACGGAGACGAUGAUGUCGGACGACGCCCAUGGACACG